GCAUUUGCAAGAUUUUAGAAGGGCUGCUCUAACAACGUCUACACACUGAUAGGUUAUGGAUCAGCAGACCGCAGGUUAAUGUGCACUCAAGAUCCAAAUUGAGAUCGAGUGUAAGCCUAAGGCUGCGAAUACUGGCUACGCCGUCCCGUGGCUAUCAUUUAUCAAACAUCCCUCACCGCGCGCGGAAAAGCAGACAGUAACGACGAGCUGUUUGCCCAGGAGCUAACUCAAGUUGUCCACACUUUGAAUACGCCUCAACGGCAUUCCUUGCAUUCGAUCGUUGGAUCGAUGAAGGGCGUCCUGGACGAAAAACCAAGAAGGAUGGCGAGAAUGAUCGUUUUUCAAAGACGGAGCGAGGGAUUGUCUCACCAGCUCGCACAUGAAGACGGCAAAAGCAUCGACUGAUGAACUGGAAACCUGAUGCACGGGUCAAGAAUUUGAUUUGAUCAAAAUCGAUCGUAGGUGGCAUCUCUUCUGAUCAGCUGGCGCUUAGUGGAAGUGCUACAAUCUCCACACAUGUGGAUAGUUAUGAUCCUGUUUCUGUGUCUCUUGUCGCAGGUACUCCCGUUCUCAUCAGAUGCCGAAGCAUUCGUCUGGUUUUUGAUAGAUGACGAAUUCGAAGUGGAUGAUUAUACCUCAGAAGUGGACGAGUUAGGAACAUGGACCAGGUCCGUAAUCCUCCCUGAGACCAGCAUGCGGAAGAAGAUGAAAAGCCCUUCGGAGACAAUGGUUGCAAGUAUCAUCGAGAAUGACAUCGAUGAAGCACGAUGACGUCGAUGUCAGCUGAAAGAAUGGUAUACAUGAGCUCUUUUCCUGACGACGACUAUAAGCGAAUCAGAUCUACUACAAAAGAGAGAACAAAUGGAAAUCUUCAUCAAAAGAGUAGUAAGGACGCGAUGCCGCUGGAAUACUUUACCUGUUGGCGUAUCGAGCUGUGAGUGAAAGGAUACGAUUGUUCACCGCACCUGCAGGCCCUCCGAUAGCAUGUCCGCUGUUGCGCAUCCUUAUAAAGCUACACCUUGUGAAACGACAUGCAUUCAAAUAUACAUUAGCUUGAAAAACCAGUUCGGAGUCAAUGACUCGUUUAGCAUCUGAUCUGGUAAUCGUGUUCAGUUCAAAGAUGUACGAAUAAAAUGGAGUCGAAGCUUUCUGCAAUAGUAGUAUUAC